UUCCAGGAAUAGAACUUUGGUUUCACUACCUGAAGGCUAAAGCAUUGGAUAUAAAAUUUUUAUUAAUAUCUGUUUCUCAUCCCUUUAUUUUUUCCUUUUUGAAAUCAUUCUGCUUGGAUUCAUUAGCAUAUCAAUCAUGUCUGCAUCAGAAGCAAGAAUCCGUGUGAAUGGCUCAAUGCUGCCCAAGUUCAGUGGUAAAGGUGUUGUCAUUCUUGGAAAAAUUUUUAAAGUUGAUCCCAAUGGGAUGUCAGUGACUCUGAGAACCAGUGAUGGCAUGACUGUCAAUGUUGUGUUUGAUCAACCUGUCAUGGAGAACUUGGAAGGCUGUUUGGAGGUGCACGGCACAUGCUCGGGCUCCCAAGUGCACUGCCAGUCCUAUUACAUGCUGCCCAUCGAGACUGUUGAGAACUUCGACAUGGACGCCUACGACCAGGCAGUACAGCUUAUUCACGCCAGCGAUAACCCGUGGCGGGUCUGAUUUGAUGCGUCAUUCCCUGGCCCUGCAUUUUACAAGCUUCUAUGAGGAGAUACUGGUCUGAAGUCUAGAUGAUGACUCGGACAACAUUUGAACUAUACUCUUAGUUCACUAAUUUUAAGUUCAAGCCUCUCUUUGUGAUAUUGUUUGGAAGCCGACCAUGGUUUUAUAUGUGUUACUGUACAACAAUGGGUUGCUACAUUCCUAACAGGCCAGCUGUGUAGAAGUAACGUUGCAUCACUGAAAUCUGAGUACAGGCUGGAAAGGUCGACGUUAAUCUAUAAUCCGAUAACUUAGGUAAUUUGCCUCCAUUAUGUUGUUGAUGGCAUGGUUUUUGCAGUAUUAAUACUUAACUCAAUUUUUAAUACGCUUCUAAACAACCUAAGUAGGAUGAACGGUCUUAUUGGGGUGCUCAUUUUUUACAAUGAGUUUGACCGUGUUUAAUCCUCCGAGUAGUUUCAGUGAGUACCUGAAUAAAACUCAGUAUGGCCCUACACUUCAGAAAGACGUAGAUUUCAUAGACCAAUAGUACUUUCGGAUAGAAACUUAACCUCAACUAAAUUUUUUAAAGAAUUUAUUGUUCAAGAAAUGAUUUUUUUGAAGUUUUUCUUCUGGUAGUGCAUAUCUUCGAAGAAUUAUAUGUUUCAAAUAUUUUACACUGUCUGGGAGUUUGUGUGCAAAUCUUUUUUCUUCAUAAAUCAAAAAUGUUGACCACUUGACCUGCUGAAUUAAUACAAUAGCGUUUAUAAGACUAUUAGAAAAAAUAUCAAUUUUACUUAUUGUUAGAAACUUUAAUUACUAUCAUCAUAUUAAUAGCGCUCAUCAUGUGAUCGUCUCGUAAAUUCUUCUCCUAUUUCAUUCCCAUGAUAUCUGAUGUCCAUUCCCUUUUUUCGUUUAAAAUUUUCUAGUGAAAUUAUAGCAACGUUUCAUAGCUAACUAUGCCUUCGAAACAUGCUUACUAUAUAAUGUUACAGUCUUUUAAAGAGACCGUUCUUAACGUUAACAGUCUGUUGAAAAGGUUUCAUCAAAACCUUGUUAAUUAUGAUGAAUAGAACUACACCAUCGUGUGGUAAAAUAUUCUUUUGCCUCACGUUCGGUUGUACCGAGCGAUUUUCGAGUCAGAUGAAGCAUGUUAGGUAGAAGUUUGUGAUCAAAUCCAUGGCGUUACCUCGACAUAAAAAUGGAACAAUAAUUAGUCCCCCUCUCUAAUUUUUUUAAAGUAACUCUCAGGAUAUGUCUUAAGGUAAUGGAAACCGCACUAGAUGAUUACGGUUUCCGUACUGUAAUUAAGGUUUAAUAUUGAGAGCGUAUAUCUAGGAAAAUGUUUGAAUUCUGAUCCUAUUAAUACACAUAUCACUGCCAUA